AUGAAUAACAAGGUCUUCCUCCUCAAUGCUUCAAGGAGACUCAAAGAUGACUUCAUGCAGAACGGACGAGAGAUGUUCCACCGGACGGUGGGAAGAUGCUUGUCUAGCCUUUUCAGAGGGGCACAAUAUGCCAGCAACAGAAAGACCACUCCUUCCAGUGACACUCCCGCGAUCUGGUCUGACAGCCGUACCAGCCUCCACCAGCUCCCUUCUCCCGAGCCCAUUCAGGCUCCGGCCAGCACUGGCAAGCCUAUCGGCUCCUCUUGUGGGCUCCUUGGGGCGAGUAGUAGUAGUCAGGGUGGCUCUGGUUCUGGUGUCAGCCCAGUGCUUGCGUGGCAUGCCGCCAUUACUGCUGCUCGACAAGCGCAAGAUGACGUCGAAAGCCCUGAAAAGGACUCACGUCCCUCGGCUUGCGCUUCUGGACCGGCUCCUGUUGGCUCACUCGCACAGAGGAAGAGACAGCAGUAUGCCAAAAGCAAAAAGCAAGGAGGAUCCACCAACAGCCGGCCACCCAGAGCGCUGUUCUGCCUCACCCUCAAUAACCCGAUCCGAAGGGCCUGCAUCAGCCUGGUGGAAUGGAAACCAUUUGAUAUAUUUAUACUCCUGUCUAUUUUCGCCAACUGCGUGGCCUUAGCCAUCUACAUUCCCUUUCCUGGAGAUGACUCCAACUCUACAAACCAAGAACUGGAAACAGUAGAAUAUGCCUUCCUGAUCAUUUUUACAAUAGAAACAUUUCUGAAGAUUAUUGCCUAUGGCUUAGUCAUGCACCAAAACUCCUACGUCAGAAACGGAUGGAACAUGUUGGACUUUGUCAUCGUCAUUGUGGGGUUGUUCAGUGUUGUCCUGGAAAUGAUAACCAAAGACGCUGACUCUGGUGGGCAGACUGGAGGCAAACCAGGGGGCUUUGACGUGAAGGCCCUCAGAGCCUUUCGCGUGCUUCGACCUCUUCGCCUUGUUUCUGGAGUUCCCAGUUUACAGGUGGUUUUAAACUCCAUAAUUAAAGCCAUGGUUCCCCUCCUUCACAUUGCUCUGCUGGUCCUCUUUGUAAUCAUCAUCUACGCCAUCAUCGGCCUGGAGCUCUUCAUUGGAAAGAUGCACGCCACCUGCUUCGUCAUAAAAUCAGGAGCCCUGGCAGAGGAGGAGCCCACGCCGUGCGCUGUCUCAGGGCACGGCCGCCGCUGCCUGGUCAAUGGCACCAUUUGCAGAGAGGGCUGGCAAGGCCCCAACAACGGCAUCACCAACUUUGACAACUUUCUGUUCGCCAUGCUCACCGUUUUCCAGUGUAUCACCAUGGAAGGCUGGACCGACGUUCUCUACUGGAUGAAUGAUGCGAUGGGCUUUGAGCUGCCGUGGGUCUACUUUGUCAGUCUGGUCAUCUUUGGAUCAUUCUUUGUUCUGAACCUGGUCUUGGGAGUGUUGAGUGGAGAGUUUUCCAAAGAGCGUGAAAAGGCCAAAGCUCGCGGCGACUUCCAGAAGCUGCGCGAGAAGCAGCAGCUGGAGGAGGACCUUAAGGGCUACCUGGACUGGAUCACGCAAGCCGAGGACAUCGACCCUGAGAACGAGGAGGAGGGGGACGAGGAGGGCAAGCGCAAUCGGGUCACGCUGGCUGACCUCACUGAGAAGAAGAAAGGAAAGUUUGGCUGGUUCUCUCAGUCCACAGAGACACAGGCCAGCAUGCCCACGAGUGAGACAGAGUCGGCGACCACAGACAACCAUAAUGGAGAAGAGGACAAAUCUCUGUGCUGUGGACCGCUAUGUCGGCAGUGGCGACGGUGGAACCGCUUCUGCCGCAGGAAGUGCCGGGCGGCCGUGAAAUCCGUGACGUUUUAUUGGCUCGUCAUCAUCCUGGUGUUCCUCAACACCCUCACCAUCGCGUCAGAGCACUACAACCAGCCCGAAUGGCUAACAGAAGUGCAAGAUGUAGCCAAUAAGGUUCUUUUGGCUUUGUUCACUCUGGAGAUGCUCGUGAAGAUGUACAGUUUGGGGCUCCAGGCCUACUUUGUGUCGCUGUUCAACCGCUUUGACUGUUUUGUGGUGUGUGGAGGAAUCGUGGAGACCAUCCUGGUGGAGCUGGCCAUCAUGUCUCCGCUGGGGAUCUCGGUUUUGCGCUGCGUGCGCCUCCUCAGGAUCUUCAAAGUUACGCGUCACUGGGCGUCUCUUAGUAACCUGGUGGCCUCCCUGCUCAACUCCAUGAAGUCCAUCGCCUCCCUGCUGCUGCUGCUCUUCCUCUUCAUCAUUAUUUUCUCCCUGCUGGGCAUGCAACUCUUCGGAGGCAAAUUCAACUUUGAUGAGACGGUGACCAAGAGAAGCACAUUUGAUAAUUUCCCCCAGGCCCUCCUCACCGUGUUUCAGAUCCUGACAGGCGAGGACUGGAACACCGUGAUGUAUGACGGCAUCAUGGCGUACGGUGGACCGGCGUCCUCUGGCAUGGUGGUCUGCAUUUACUUCAUCAUCCUCUUCAUCUGUGGAAACUACAUCCUGCUGAAUGUGUUCUUGGCCAUCGCUGUUGAUAACCUGGCUGACGCAGAGAGCCUCAACACAGCACAGAAAGAGGAGGAGGAGGCCAAAAAGAGAAAGAAUAGUGUUAAGGACUCAAACACAGAGAAGAAGAGGAUUGAAAUAACAGAAGACGGGAAAACAACGAUGCCAACGGAGGCCUUGCUGGAGGGGGACAAAGAAUCGUUUACGACCGUCGACUCACCAGGUGAUGAUGAAGAUCAUGAUGAUAAUAGGAACCUCCCUGAAGCCCCGCCGGGCCCCCGGCCCCAGCGACUCUCUGAACUCACCAUGAAGGAGAAGACCCCACCCAUCCCGGAGGGCAGUGCGUUUUUCAUCUUCAGCAGCACCAACCCGUUUCGUGUGCUCUGCCAUAAGCUCAUCAACCAUCAGAUCUUCACCAACCUGAUCCUGGUCUUCAUCAUGCUCAGCUCCGUUUCCCUGGCGGCCGAGGACCCCAUCCGCAACUUCUCUGCUCGCAACAUUAUACUUGGUUAUUUUGACUAUGCUUUCACCGCAAUCUUUACUGUUGAGAUCCUGUUGAAGAUCCUAGGCUAUGCAGACUAUGUCUUCACUAGUAUGUUUACAUUUGAGAUCCUUAUUAAGAUGACGGCAUUUGGAGCGUUCCUGCAUAAAGGGGCGUUCUGCAGGAACUACUUCAACCUAUUAGACCUGCUGGUCGUCGGCGUGUCUCUCGUCUCCUUUGGUAUUCAGUCCUCUGCUAUCUCAGUGGUGAAGAUCCUCCGUGUUUUGCGGGUCCUCCGUCCGCUCAGGGCCAUCAACAGAGCCAAAGGCCUGAAACACGUGGUGCAGUGUGUAUUUGUGGCCAUCAGAACCAUCGGCAACAUCAUGAUUGUCACCACCCUCCUGCAGUUCAUGUUUGCUUGCAUCGGAGUGCAGCUCUUCAAGGGUAAAUUCUACCGGUGCACAGAUGAUGCAAAGUCCAGCCCAGAUGAGUGCAAGGGGACAUACAUUCUUUACAACAAUGGGGACACGGCUCUGCCCAUGGUGAAGGAGAGGAUCUGGUACAACAGUGACUUCAACUUUGACAACGUCCUCAUGGCCAUGAUGGCCCUGUUCACCGUCUCCACCUUUGAGGGUUGGCCCACUCUGCUGUACAAGGCCAUCGACUCUAACAGGGAGAACAUGGGCCCCAUCUACAACUACCGCAUCGAGAUCUCCAUCUUCUUCAUCAUCUACAUCAUCAUCAUCGCCUUCUUCAUGAUGAACAUCUUCGUUGGUUUCGUCAUCGUUACCUUCCAGGAGCAGGGAGAGAAGGAGUACAAGAACUGCGAGCUGGACAAGAACCAGCGCCAGUGUGUGGAGUACGCACUGAAAGCUCGUCCUCUGCGCCGCUACAUUCCCAAAAAUCCCUACCAGUACAAGUUCUGGUACGUGGUCAACUCCACUGGCUUUGAGUACGUCAUGUUUGUCCUGAUCAUUCUCAACACGCUGUGUCUGGCUAUUCAGCACCAUGGCCAGUCUCAUCUGUUUAACUACGCCAUGGACAUCCUCAACAUGGUCUUCACAGGAGUCUUCACAGUGGAGAUGAUCCUGAAGCUCGUUGCCUUCAAACCCAGAGGUUAUGUCGGGGACGCCUGGAAUGUCUUCGAUGCUCUAGUGGUGAUCGGCAGUGUAGUCGACAUCAUACUCAGCCAGAACUAUUUUGCUGAUGCAUGGAACACGUUUGAUGCCUUAAUUGUUGUGGGUAGCGUGGUUGACAUUGCCAUCACUGAGAUCAAUUCGGCAGCCAUUCCUGUUGUCAAGGUGAUAGAGGAUCCAGGGAACACAGAGGACAGCGCUCGCAUCUCCAUCACCUUCUUCCGCCUGUUCAGGGUGAUGCGACUGGUCAAACUCCUGAGCAGAGGGGAAGGAAUCAGGACUCUGCUGUGGACCUUCAUCAAGUCUUUCCAGGCUCUUCCAUAUGUUGCCCUCCUCAUAGCCAUGCUGUUCUUCAUCUAUGCUGUCAUCGGGAUGCAGGUGUUUGGAAAAAUAGCAAUGGUGGACGGAACCCAAAUCAACCGCAACAACAACUUCCAAACCUUUCCCCAAGCCGUCCUGAUGCUGUUCAGAUGUGCUACGGGGGAGGCGUGGCAGGAGAUCAUGCUGGCCUGUCUGCCGGGGAAGCUGUGCGACUCGGAGUCCGACUACAACCCGGGAGAGGAGAAAACCUGCGGCAGCAACUUUGCUAUAAUCUACUUCAUCAGUUUCUACAUGCUCUGCGCCUUCCUGAUUAUCAACCUCUUUGUUGCGGUCAUUAUGGAUAACUUUGAUUAUCUGACUCGUGAUUGGUCCAUUCUUGGCCCUCACCAUCUGGAUGAAUUUAAAAGGAUAUGGUCUGAAUAUGAUCCUGAAGCCAAGGGUAGGAUUAAACAUCUUGAUGUGGUUACCCUGUUGAGGAGGAUCCAGCCUCCGUUGGGCUUUGGCAAACUCUGUCCUCACAGAGUCGCCUGUAAGCGACUGGUGGCAAUGAACAUGCCGCUCAACAGUGAUGGGACCGUCAUGUUUAACGCCACCUUGUUUGCUUUAGUCCGCACCGCCCUUAAGAUCAAGACUGAGGGUAACUUGGAGCAAGCCAACGAGGAGCUGAGAGCUGUAAUCAAGAAGAUCUGGAAGAGGACCAGCAUGAAGCUGCUGGAUCAAGUAGUGCCUCCUGCAGGCGAUGACGAGGUAACUGUGGGGAAGUUCUAUGCCACCUUCCUGAUACAGGACUACUUCAGAAAAUUCAAGAGGCGCAAAGAGCAAGGUCUGGUGGGAAGGAGGUCUUGGGAGAACACCACUCUGGCCUUGCAGGCCGGCUUGCGCACCCUUCACGACAUUGGACCAGAAAUUCGCCGAGCCAUAUCAUGUGACCUACAGGAGGAGGGGCUUGUAGAUGGAACGGCAGAGGAAGAAGAGGAGAUUUAUCGGCGCAACGGCGGCCUUUUUGGGAAUCACGUUAACCACGUUGGCAUGGAUCAUCCCCAGCCCACUACCGUCACGCAGCGCCCCUUACAGAUCCUGCCCAUCUACUGCACUCCCUCUGCCGCGCCCACUCAGAUUUGCAGGAGAGCCAGCAGCAGCGACAAGGAAGGAGAGACGGAGAUGAACUCCUCACCCAUCCACUACAACCAUCAUCAUUCCCCUCAUCUGUACGAUUAUCCUCACUGUAACUCCACCUCCCCUCAGUCCCCAAUACCCUCCAACGCCAACCUCAACAACGCCAACGUGCCCUCGCUUCUCUCGAUGUCCUCUGGGAGGCAGCAGAAGUGUUUAUUGCAGAGAUGUCGCCCGUCUUCAGCAAGAAAUAAGUCAUCAACGUCUUACAGCAGGGGAUUGCACAACAAGCAGUGGAAGUCCCACUCCACAAGGACGCGCUACUAUGAGGCCUAUAUUAGGUCAAAAAAUGGCGGAGCGCUUCACCCGACCAUUCGCCGAGAGGAGCCAGGUGGCAGGGACAGCGAUGAAGAGCGGGCGUCUGGGGAAUACUUCAGUGGGGAGGAAUUUCACGAAGACGACAUCAUGCUUACCAAGGACAGGUUAUCCAAGUCGGACUUCCAUGACUCUGCAGACGGAGAUUUGGACCAUUUCAGGGACGACUGUGAGUCUGAAGGUUACUGUGACGACGACAAGCAGCCUAUAUGCCAGGAUGACCGGCGGUCGCCCAGGAGAUGGUUUUUACCAUCCCCCCAAGCCUGCAACACACCAACAUUCAGCUUUGAGUGUCUUCGCAGAAGAAGUAGCAUAGAUGAAGCUCCUCCAUCUCCAUCAUGCACAGCUCUUCCACUGCACCUGGUGCAGCAGCAGGUGAUGGCGGUAGCUGGUCUGGACGCCGCCAGGAUCGCACGUCUGUCUCCCACCAGGUCGCUACGCUCGUGGGCCACGCCUCCCGCCUCCCCCAUCAGCCGUGACUGCGGCCCCUGCUACACCCCACUCAUACAGGUGGACUGGCGCAGUACUGGCAGUGUGGGCAGCAUCCCUGGGGCCGUGAAGAGGAGUUCUUGGUACACCGACUGCCAGGACGGCCUGCCCAGCCGUAGCCACUCACCGUCACGGCUGCAGCUACCCGCAGAAAGCUGCUCACACUUCCUGCAAAACAGAGGCAGCGCUAGCAGUCUGGUGGAGGCUGUCCUGAUCUCUGAAGGUCUCGGGAAAUACGCCAGGGACCCCAAGUUUGUGACAGCGGCCAAACACGAGAUCGCAGACGCCUGCGAGAUGACCAUCGACGAGAUGGAGAGCGCUGCCAGCAAUCUGCUGAACGGCAGCAUGGGUAACGGCGACGUGACGGGGACGGAAAGCGUCAGCUCAGACUCGCGACUCGCCGACGCGCACCAGAGGGACUACAGCGACGAGGAGCAGUACGUGGCUGUGAAGUGUGAGGAGGACCUAACGGACGAGAUGAUAUGCAUCACUUCUCUAUAGCAGCAACUCACAGCGGACUCUGUCUAGUUUUAUUUAGCGUAUAUCUCAGCAGGCCCUGCGGAGAACAGAAAAUUAGAAACGGGGAUAAACGUGAGAACAAAGUGCCUUGUUUUCUUUUCCUGCUUAGUAGAUUGCAGCUAAAGCGGACACAUGGUUAUAGAGAAACAAAAACAACAAAAAAAAACUGCUGUAAUUGAAAUCAGGAGACAUGAAUCUAUACGCCAGCCUCCAGGAAGGCAGGCCAGUCGUUAAAACUUGUUUUCUAUUUUCCUAAUUGACAUCAGUUGGAUAAAACUUCAAAACUUUUGGUUUUAGAUUCUGAGGAUGAUAUAACUCGGCUUUAGUGAGGAUUACACAAGGCCGUAAAUCACAUUGUUUACUCCAUGAAGAGCCAACACAACAAAAGCAAAUGUGCCACCACUCACCACCUGCACACGCAAGCAGGAAAAUGAAAUAGACUUCUAUUCUAUUGUGUAAAUAGUUUCAGGCGGCUAAGCAUUUCUAAAUCUUUCUGCCUGGUUCGCAGUAUAGAUGUCAAAAACUGAUCGGGCCUUUGCUUUUCCGAGGACUUCCUGCAAUUCGUUGCGUUUUAUGUGUAUAAAAAGUGUGAUUUUACCCCUUAUUGGUCAAGAUUGAUGAAAACAUAUAUUUUUGUUUGCUUAUCUGAAUUAGAUGGAAACAAAGCAGGAGCAGCUGAGACGGUGCCUUGUAAAUGCAGACACGCCUCUUUCACCUUUUCCACAUUUGGUCACAUUAGAACCACACUACCUCAGUGUAGUUUACUGUGAAUUCAUUUGAUAGACCAACAAAACCAUGCACAUUUUUGAACAGGAAGGAAUAAAAUACAUUUGUUUUCGUCAUUUACAAGUAUGUUGUGCAUUCGAUUACACCCCUUUUACAUACACACCCUAAAUAAAAUCAAGUAAAACAGGUUGCCUCCAGAAGUCAGUUAAUAGGGUUUCCAGUUGUGGAAAAAAUGUAUUUGUCAAGCACUGUUAGGUGAAAAUCAGUCAGGUUUAUUUAUAUCUUGUGCAAAAUGAGAUCUUAUAAGACAAUAGCUAAUGAACGGGUCAGAGUCGAGGCUCUGCCAAAAGGCAGAAGAAACCGCAGGAUGGAAAAAGAAUCGUGAGGAGGGAUAUGAAUGUGAAAUCGUUUUUGCGCAACUGAGAGUCAUUACUCUGGACAAAAACGUCAGUGUGUUGGCAGCAAAUUUCCCUCUGACAGAGACAUAAAAUGAGAACAUGACAUGGACAUCAAAUUAAUGACGCCAUAAUAAUACAAUUAAACCCACUAAAUAAGCAAUGACUUAGAUCAAAGCAUAUUUAUAUCCAUGUUCAGAGUUUCUCUCUAUCCAGUCUUAAUGAACUUGAGGUAUCUUGCAGCUAAAGACAAAAGGCGUAUUUCAGUUUCUACAUGUACAAACUCGACAGAAGCAAACCGCAGCUGUAUUUACAGGAGAUACAGAUUCUCCAGAAUAUUGGCCUCACAGUUUUCAUUCAUUAUUAUGCGUUACUUUAUAUAAUAUCCCUGUAAAACCUGUCAAAGCUUGUGGUUGUAAUGUGACAAAUUGUGAAAAGGUUCAAGGGGCAUGUAUACUUUUGCAAAGGGCUCUAUAUUCAAAUCAAGCUGCUGAGGUUGAAAAGUUCAGGGUUAAACGUUGUUCUCUUAUUUUUUAUUUGAAGAGGAAAUUACAUAUCAAUAAUUAAAGACUUUGUCCUCAGGCAUAUCCUUCCACUCUAUAUGCUUUCCUGCCUGACCUUUAUACUGAUUUGUGUUGAAAACCAAACAAAAAAAUCAUAAAACAGUUUAAGAAAACUGCUUUCGCUGUCUCCUGCAUCCUAAAAUAUGCAAUUUGUCACUUUCCCAGAAAUCAUCCCAAAAGGAUGGAGUUGAGUUUAUUAUGAGAAAAGGCUUAAAUGUAAACCGUUUGACCAGAUCUUGAGGCAUGCGACUCUUUUACUCUCACCCAUUUUUAACCGGAAACAAUUCAGGAUCGCCUCCACAGCUGCAAGAGUUUUACUUCAACGCUGUUUCACACACUGUAACGUUUUUUUUUUUGUUGACCAGAUGUGAAAUCGGGUGGAAUAGCUCUCACAUGUGAUGAAGGACACGUAUAACAAAUCUCCAUGCUGAACAUUUUCCGGGGGUGAGCUCAUCCAUCUAUCUCAGCCCUGGCAUGUUUUCUGUGAAGCUUUUCCCUGAAAGCAGUUUCAAAAACAAACACUUCUGUGAAGAGAGAAGAUGACCACGCAGCUCCAGGAUGACGUGAGGCUCGGCUUUCUGAAUAUUUGCUCCAACUUCGGACAGCAUGUUCCGCUACGCACCGCCAAGCUAUAAUAACUUGCGGAUAUCGGCUCUGGGCUGUGGAAUAGCAAUGUGUGCAAUCAAAGGGCUUCUUUACUGAUACGACCAAAACAAAGGGAUUGCUGUGCGCAGCUACACACACUUCACCACAGUAGACACACACAUGCGUAAACAACAGGGACUUACGUAUUUUAUAACCACAUUAAAAUUGAAACUAAUUAUAAAAAUAUUUGGCUGGAUUAGGAUAUGAUUUGUUCUUUUUCCUACAAUUGGAUAGCAGUAAUGGGGGAAACAACACAGAAACAGUUGAAAUUAAAAAUUAAUUUAAUAUUUAGUGACCUCACCUGGUCCACAUGUUUCAGUUAAAACCUCAGAUGAAAGCAACACACGUCACAAUAAAACUUAACAUUAUCUAACAAAAACCUUUACCAUGCCUGCAAAAGUCAGUGUGAAACAAAUAGGAUGGCAUGUAGCUGUAAUAACUUGUAUCUUCUUUUAAGCUGUUUUAUAGGAGUUUUGGCCACUCUCCAUUACAUAAUUAAUUAAGCCCAUCAAUAUUUGCAGAAAGUCAAAUUAUGCAAUAACUUUUAUAAGGUCCUGAAAGCAUUUCAAUCAGCUUGAGGUCCGGACUUUGACUAAUCCUAUUUAUACUCAUUGAUUCACUUGGAGUCAUCUUCCUGAUCGUCUCACUUUUUUUUAUGGUGUUGAUAACAUAUUCUAAUUGUAUUCAGAAUAAUCCAAGAUUUAGCAGUGACUUCAGUAUCCAAGUACUGAGGCUACAAAAAUGCCCAAAUCAUUACCCUUACACCACUAUACUGAUAGUGGGAAUGUUUUACUGUUACCAUUGAAUAUUACAUCUUUCUACAAAAAUACCUUUUUAAAGGCAACUUUACUUACCUAAUAUACAAUAUUGAGUUCUUUUAAGUGCAAAAAUAAUCCCUUCUUGAAUCAUUGGGCAGAAACUACAACUUAUUCAUGAGAACUGGCUGAUGUCUUUCAUUUUUCAGGAUUGUAUUAACACAUUCUUGAACAGUAGAGACAAGCAAACUCUUUGGAAAAACAAAUAUUGUGUCAUUUGCUUAUCUGAGGUUGGAUAGACGCAGUAAGAGUUUAAAGACCGUGAGUCAGAGUUUGUCUUACACCAACAGGAAAAUAACCCUGACAUUUGAAAGCUUAAGUUCUUAACGAAACAGAAAACUUUCAAGUACUAAGAUAAUCGAGGGUAAAAGGAAAACAUUUACUUAAAUAGCUGCAGUUCAUUCAUUCUCUUUCCAAACCUGUCCUACAGUAGUGAGGUGUCUUGGGUUACCAGCCUAUCACAGGACGUUAGCAGCUGUUUUGUACCAAACAUCUACCUUAUUCAGUUUUUUAAUCAAUUGCUGCUUCUAGAAAUAACUUUAUAAAAAAGCCAAAAUAUUAGCCGACGCUGCAUGAUGCUGCCAUCAGUCCAAUUGUCAAAUGUCAUCCCACUUACAGAAGAACACAAUUUAUAUUACAGGUAUCUGAAUACAUCAACAAUUUAGUUUUAUCAGGAGAUAAAGUGACAAAGAACACAAGGCUUGGUUGUGCAACUUAGCUUUAUUUUUUCUACUUUGCCACUGCUUUACAGAAGUCUGUAAAAGGUUGUAAAAAACAAAACAACAAAACAAUUUGUAUAGUGUUUGUAAGAACUAACUUGAAGAUUUCUGCUUUCUACCUAUUUGUGUAUAAAACACUCUAAAAGUUGUCUUUAUCUACUUUGUAGCAUAAUAAUUAGUACCUUCUAGAUUUUGUACCAACAGAAGCAACAUCCUUGUUUUGUACAUUUGAAUUUUUUGCCUGAAAUGACGAUGCACCUGCUGAUUUUUGUAAUAAUUGCUAAAUAAAGAGGACAAGGUCA